UCAUGGCGGUGAGCCUGCUGCGUAUACACUGAAAAAAGCAUCGUUAUCAAUAAAUGGGCGGUGAGCCUGCUGUACGUAUACACUGAAAAAAGCAUCGUUAUCAAUAAAUGGGAAGUUACAAUCGACUGAUAAAAUCAACAGCUUAACAAAUUGAUCAAACGGAAGAGACGACGAUGUUGAGUUGGUUCAGAAAAGGCAAGAAGAAUGAGGGCGGAGGUACCAGGAAUGAUAGGCCGCCGGAAGAUGACUGCUGCCCCAUUUGCUUCAAUGAAUUCCACGUUCCAUGCCGGACUAACUGCGGCCACUGGUUUUGCGGCGGAUGCCUUCUUGGGCUUUUGAGAUCCGUGGUGAAGUGCCCUGUGUGUGAAUCCUGGGUAUAUAAACUUGUUCCCCUUUUACCUGCACUGGUUCAGCCCGGAAGAGAAGAAGAAGCUAGUGAGAUCCUCGGGGAGAUCGAGCAAUUUAAUACUGAAGACGAGCUAAGAAGAGAAUUUGGUGAGCUCGAUGAGCUCCUCAGAGAGAAGAAGCAAAAUCGUGAAGACUCGAUUGUAUUUCGCAUCUUCAUGAAAUAUGGAGAUCUGAUCGAGGGCGUGACAAAAGCUCUAGUUUGUCUAUUAUGGUUUAGUUUUGUGCUGAAACAAUUUGUCAACAUAAUAAUUGACUUCCGCUUGUGGCCAAAUGGUAUGUUCCUCUUCAUUUCAGUUUAGACUGCAUUGUAUUAUGGUUCUUCGUUUCAGCUUUAUUUUAGUUUUGGCUACUUGCAACUUAAUUUUUUUACAGAAGGGAUGGCAUUCCGACUGUGUCAAACGCUGAGAUGUGCUAUUGUUGUACUUGGUUUGAUUUGGAUGAUUAGGCGACAUAUAUGGGGAUAGAAUUUGAUGCAUUUGGCGGAAUAGAAUGGAGAUCGACAAUGGAUUCUGUUGCAGGAAAAUGUGUUUUUGUGAACAUUCAAAUGCUUCAUGUGGAUAGUGGUUUUCUGUCUUUCUUGUCCAACUGCAACUCCUCAUUUGGAGCUUUUUUUAGUUGAUUUCAUCAAUAUAUCUAAUGCAGUAGACUUAUCUUCUCUA